AAAUGUGAAAUAGAGGAGAAACAAAGCAACUGAAGUCUAAUUAUUCUCUCUACCUCUCCGCCAGAAACCCAAAACAGCGACGGCAAGAUGGAUAUCGGAGAAGACGCCAUGGCAGCUCACAAGAGAACAUUUAUGGAUUUCCUGGAUCAAGAUAUUGGGAAAGGCAUAUAUAUGCAAGCUAUCAGACAAAUGAUGGAUGGGAAGCGUUAUCGUCUCCUCAUAGAUAUCUCUGAUCUCCAUGACUUUAACUCUGACCUAACUCGAAGGCUUUUAAGGAACCCUGGAGAUUACAUACAGCCUUUCUCUGAAGCACUUACAGAAGUUACUAGAAACAUAGAUCCUAAAUAUUUAAAAGAAGGGGAAAGUAUUCUUGCUGGAUUUGAAGGAGCUAUUGGUGAUUCUAGAGAAGUUACACCUAGAGGUCUACUUUCUUCGUUUAUUGGUUCCAUGGUUCGCGUGAAAGGCAUCGUUACCAAAUGCUCUCUUGUCAGACCAAAGGUUGUUAAAAGUGUACAUUUCUGUCCAACCACUACUCAGUUCACAACACGUGAAUAUCGAGACAUUACUUCCAGUACAGGCUUACCAACUGGAUCUGUGUAUCCCACACGGGAUGACAAUGGCAACUUACUGGUGACUGAGUAUGGAUUAUGCAAAUACAAAGAUCACCAAAUGUUGUCCAUGCAAGAAGUUCCUGAGGAAGCUGCCCCUGGUCAGAUACCACGAACUGUGGACAUUAUAGUAGAGGAUGAUCUGGUAGAUGCAUGCAAACCUGGAGAUCGUGUAGCUAUUGUUGGCAUAUAUAAAGCUCUUCCAGGGAGAAACAAAGGGGGUGUGAAUGGAGUUUUUAGGACUGUCCUCAUAGCUAACAAUGUUUCUCUACUCAACAAAGAAGCAAAUAAGCCAACCUAUACUGUUGAAGACCUUAAAAAUAUAAAAAACAUUGCUGCAAAAGAUGAUGCUUUUGAAUUGCUUGGCAGUUCACUUGCACCAUCUAUUUAUGGCCAUACAUGGAUAAAGAAGGCGGUGAUACUGUUGAUGCUUGGUGGGGUGGAAAAGAACUUACCUAAUGGAACCCAUUUAAGAGGUGACAUAAACAUGAUGAUGGUGGGUGACCCUUCUGUUGCUAAGUCUCAACUUCUUAGAGCAAUUUUAAAUAUUGCACCGUUGGCCAUCUCAACAACAGGCAGGGGUUCUUCUGGUGUUGGGUUAACAGCAGCUGUUACGUCUGAUCAAGAAACUGGAGAAAGAAGGCUAGAGGCUGGUGCAAUGGUACUUGCAGAUAAAGGUGUUGUUUGUAUUGAUGAGUUCGACAAAAUGAAUGAUCAGGACCGUGUUGCCAUUCACGAAGUUAUGGAGCAGCAGACUGUAACCAUUGCCAAAGCCGGUAUUCAUGCAUCCCUGAAUGCUCGUUGCAGUGUAGUGGCAGCUGCAAAUCCUAUAUAUGGGACGUAUGAUCGUUCAAUUACUCCAACAAAAAAUAUUGGACUGCCGGACUCCUUGCUUUCUCGUUUUGACCUGCUAUUUAUCGUGCUGGACCAAAUGGACCCUGAUAUUGAUCGUCAGAUCUCAGAACAUGUCCUCCGUAUGCACCGUUAUCGUUCACCUAAUGAUGGAGGUGAUGGGAGGUUAAGAUCUGGAAUAGAAGACGACACUGACACUGGUUCAUCCUUCUAUGUCAAGUAUAAUCGUACCCUUCAUGGGAAAGGGAAACGCAAGCGUGACACUCUCACCAUCCAGUUUCUUAAGAAGUAUAUUCAUUAUGCCAAGAGUAAGAUUGAGCCAAAGUUGACAGAUGAGGCGUCUGAACAAAUUGCGACAGCGUAUGCGGAACUUAGAAAUGCGGGUUCAAAUGCAAUGUCUGGAGGAGGAACACUUCCAAUCACUGCUCGUACUCUAGAAACUAUAAUACGUCUGUCGACAGCUCAUGCCAAGUUGAAGUUAAGGACUGAGGUUACAAAGGAUGAUGUUGAUUCUGCUCUGAAAGUUCUGAACUUCGCCAUCUAUCAUAAGGAGUUGGCUGAGAUGGAGGAGCGUGAACUUGUAAGAGAAAAGGAGUUCGCGAAGAAGCAGAAAGCUGAUCGCGCUGCUGACACCAAUAAUAGGGCUAGUGGAGGUGAAACAGCAGACCCAAUGGAAGUCGAUGAACCUCCUACUGCUCCCCAAUCAACUCACACUCUUUCUCCUGAAAGAAUUGAAGCAUUUGGCUCUGUUUUCGGGCAGCAUAUGCGGGCAAACCACUUGGAUCUCAUAUCUAUUGCAGAUAUUGAGAAUGUUGUAAAUGCUGGUGCAGCUGUUCAAUACACCAGGCUGGAAAUAGUUACACUAUUGGAGAGAUUGCAAGAAGAUAACAGAUUGAUGAUAAACGAUGAUAUGGUGCAUAUGAUGUGAAGCAACUUAGGAAGCGUCUCCUAUAUUAAUAGGGAGGACAUGAAAUCUCGAAGAAGCACUUGUGACUGCCAUUGUAUGGUGUUGCAAAGGCAGUCCUGUGGACUCUGAAUGGAAAAAAGCCAGUAAGUUGACUUUUCGGACUUGAUUUUGGAGCAGCAGCGAUAUAACUCAAGAUUGUGUAAUCUCCUCUUUGCUUUCACUAAAAUUUAGAGAUAUUGGUUUUUGUUGUUUUGUAAACUUAGAAGUUUUAUGCGUAAAAUGUUCCUUGUGGACGACAGUUUCUAUCUUUGUUUCAAGACUCACUGAUAAGUUUUUAACCUAUAUUCUACUGCCAAAUUUCUACUUCUAAGCA